CAGGACGGCUGUGGAAGGGUGGGGUUAGACGCUCUGUCUUCUUCCGAUCCUCCUCCAUUAUGGCUGCUGCCGGCAGUGGUUGUAAUGCGGGGAAGAGCUUGCUGCAGUUUAUGAAGUUUGUAGGGCAGCUCAAGGUAAAGCGAUCCUCUGCGAGCCAGCUAAUACAUCAUAUCAGUCCGGCUCCACCGGCGAGGGAGGGAGGGAGAGGGAGAUAUAUAUAUAUAUGGCUCUCCCUGUGUUUGAGUCACAGGGCUCAAUAGUAACCCGUGUCUCCAGUGCAGGGGGAUAGAGCUCAAUAAUAAUAAUAAUAAUAACUGGCAUUUUAUAUAAUCACUGUGUGAUAGCCAAUGUAUUAUUCACUGUGAUUUUAAGCCCAUUGUGUUACCCAUCCCUCCUCAAUGCUCACAGAGAAGCUCUCAGUCUGUGCUGAGUUUACAACUGACUGAACACAAACUGAAGCCCAGUUGGAGAGUUUUGAUAAAUAUCUUGGUUAUAUAUAUAUAUUAUAACUUCUCUAACUCAGAGCACUGUCAGCCAUAGAGUGCAUGCCUAGUGAUACAAUGGGAAUAUUUUGCUUGUUAUGCAUAGGAGUUGAGUCACAGUAGUUUUUAAAGACAACUGUCACCCCACUAAAUUUUUUUUUUUUUAAAUGAAGUAUAUUUUGAAAAAGAUAAAGGCUGUCCCUUCCUUUAGCGUAUGAGAGGAUCCAUUUACAUACACCUUAGGUCAGGCAGGUGAGAAUUCAAAGUGAAUUUCAAAUUUAGGGUUAGAAUAGCUGAAAAGGUAAACACUCAAUGUUUUCAGCUCAGCUACUCUGACCUUAAAUUUGAAAUUCCCUCUAAAUUCUCACUCUGGUGAAUAAUCCUGUUGGCCUCUAUGACCUGCCCUGCGUCUGUGCACAGAGUGAAGCAAGGAAGAAAAUGGAUACUAACUGUCAGUUUUCACACACUGUCUGACCCAAGGUGUAUGUAUAUAGCUUAAAGGACCACUCUAGGCACCCAGACCACUUCAGCUUUAUGAAGUGGUCUGGGUGCCAGGUACCUCUAGGAUUAACCCUUUUUUUUUAUAAACAUAGUAGUUUCAGAGAAACUGCUAUGUUUAUACUGAGGGUUAAUCCAGCCUCCAGAGCCUCUAGUGGCUGUCUCAUUGACAGCCGCUAGAGGCGCUUGCGUGCUUCUCACUGUGAAAAUCACAGUGAGAGCACACAAGCGUCCAUAGGAAAGCAUUGUAAAUGCUUACCUAUGCAACUGGCUGAAUGCGCAUGCGGCUCCUGCCGCGCAUGCGCAUUCAGCCGAUGACGUCGCGAGCAAGGAGGAGUACAGCUCCCCGCCCGGCGCUGGAGAAAGGUAAGUGUUUAACCCCUUCUUCUCCGCAGAGCCAGGCGGGAGGGGGACCCUGAGGGUGGGGGCACCCUCAGGGCACUAUAGUGCCAGGAAAACGAAUAUGUUUUCCUGGCACUAUAGUGGUCCUUUAACCUGCCAUGUAAUAAAAGUAGGGAUGAGUUUUUCAUUUUUAUUUUUUAUUAUAUUUACUUUCAAAACUUAAUAAAGAAAUUAACAAAAUAAUUUUGAGGUGACAGUUGUCCUUUUAAAGGGUUACUCCAACCAGCAUAACCAAUACAGCCAUUUUACAUCUCACGCGUGGUUUAUUUCAUGACAAAACACUGCACGUAUAGACACCAGGCAACAUGACCACUUCGAAUAGGUGAAGUGGUUGUGAUGUUAGGAAAUACCCUUUAAUUAUUCAGAGGCGUGAAUUUUGGCAAAAUGUUACUUGAAUCACAACACCUAUUAUUUAAAAAGUUAAAUUAUUAUUAUCAUUUAUAUAGCAGCAACCUUUCUGCAGAGCGUUACAAUUAUACAAUGCUAAUAUAUAACAUCAAGUAACUAAUAAAAAAUAUGUUAAAGGAACACUCCAAGCUUGGGGUAGUGAUUAUGGUGCAAGAGGUUCCCUCAUUGUAAGUAACUAAGGUGUCCGUGUCCAUAAUUAAACCGUUUUUCGUACGGUUUGAUUUUUUUUUUUUUUAACCUGGUGUCCACCAGGCACUGCAACACACUCCUAGCCUUUAUAACUAAUGACGGAUAGCCAGAAGCUUUUAAGUAGGAGUUUCUGUUAGCUUUCCUGAGCUAAUCCCACUGGCUAAGGGCAUUGUAACAUAUAUUAUAUCCCCUCAUCUGCCAGUCUAGCCAUGGCUGCCACUCUUCCCUGGUAGAGUUCAUCACUUAUGAGGGUCUCAGCAAAUCCAAUGCAUCUCCAUAGAAAAGCAUUGUUGAGCGAGUGGCUAUUGCCACACUGUAUCACUGCACCCCUCACACACACACACUGCACCACUCACUGCACUCCUUUCACGCACACACACACAGUAUCCUUCACACACAGCACACCCCUCACACAUACAUACAGCACCCCCCAACCCACUGCACCACUCACACACACACAAUACUUCCAAACAUAUAUGUGUAUAUAUACUACAGAACCCCUCACACACUCACCCUUAAACACAUUACAAUUCAGACAAACACUAGAUCCCUUAACCAACUCUGAAUCACACACACACACCCCUCAUCCGGAUUCCCUAUGCACACACUAGAUUCAUUGUAAGCAAACACAUACUCUCUGCAACCGCUACACACACUACAUCGCCUACAUACACUAUGCCCCUAUACACACACACACAUUACACUACACCACAAACACAACACGACUAAAACCAACCUAUUUACACAAUACCACACCACAAUCAGCUCACUCUAUACACACGCAAUCCCAUAAGCAGGUUACAAACACAUGCACAAUUCUCUUUCUUAGCAUUUUUGGCUCCUGGUAUCCCAUUUAUGGAGACACAAGUUUCAAGCAAACACAGGGCAAGCAUGUUAUUAAAUUUGCUUGCACUGUGCCGAACAAAUACAUUGCCUUUUUCUCAUGCUAGAGCUCUCUAGCAGAGCUCUGCGCAUGGUCCAUUGAACAAACAUGCUCACUUUGAGAUGGGGCAUGCUUGUCAUUGGUGAUGACAAAACACACCCUAUCUGGCCCCUGCGAUUAAAAAAAAAAAAAAAAAUGCCUGGGCUGAAUUAUUUUCCCAGUCUGGCCCUGUGUAUAAGUAAUGGAAAAAAAUGAUUUUGUGAUUUAUAUAUACAUAAAUAAAAAUACUUUCCUUCAAAGUUCCUGUUAUUUCUAAUGCACUGCAAGCAGAAACAGCCCUCUAAGAUCAGAAAGAGAAUCCAUUAAUCAGGAGACUCUUAUUCCGGUCUUUGUGCUUUUUACAAUCAGGAGAACUAACCGGGAGUAAAAUUGUUGAUAACCUCAAAGGUUAGUCAAUUUGAAUUGCUGAAGGGUGUUUUUAAUUUCAGAAAGUUAUGGGAGUGAGGAAGAUAAGUAGCAUUUAUAAUAGAUUUUAGUGAGGCAGUGCCGUUAUUGAGAUGCGAGUUGCAUUAAAGCGUGAAGUGUGUCAGCGAGUGCCUUAGUUGCAUCUUGCAUUAGAUGAGGUAGAAUAUGAGCAGUGAUUUUAACUUGUUACUCCAAGCACCAUGGUUUCAGUUUUUUUAUGUAGUUAUGUUGCAAGGAACCUGUAUGCUCAUUUAUAGACUGUCCCUGUCUUUAUGUAAUUAUAAGGUAUUGGAAGCAAAACAAUUGUUUGCUUUGCAUAAAGUUGUUUUAAUGUUUUCCUUCAGUCAUUGGUCGCCACCUUGUCAUUUAUUUGCGUUGUUUUCUGACAGAGAGUCCCAAGGACAGGAUGGGUAUACCGCAAAGUGGAGAAACCAGAAAGUGUAUCAGAUCAUAUGUACCGGAUGGCUGUGAUGGCUAUGCUAACAGAAGACAAAAAACUUAAUAAGGACAGGUAACUAUAUUUAUUGAAUUUCCUCUCUUUGUAUUUAUGACGCAUAUAGAUAAAUGUGCAAAACAAAAUCAAUUUUAAAGCAUUUUUGUUCUUGGUGUUUCUGCUAAUGUGUUACAAGAAGAAACAGAAGUAAGAUCUAAAUGAAAAUUAAACAAAUUUUUCCCCAUGUUGGCAAUGUGAUUCACAGCCAGGGGCCAUCUGUGGCUAUGGCUGCAUAAUCAGAAGCAAAAGUAAUUUAACUCCUAAAUGGCAGAGAAUUGAGCAGUGAGACUGCAGGGGCCAUGAUCUAUAUACCAAAACUGCUUAAUUAAGCUAAAGUUAAACAUCCCCUUUUUGGCCAACACUUAUUAGUGUUGACCAUUUUACAGAGAGAAGCACUGAGGACAAAUCUUCAUUUCAAGUGUUGAUAUCCGCUUAUCAAGUAUUGUGUUUAUCAAGUAUUCUCAUUACUUUAGAUGCAUGUUUUAACUACCUCCAACCUCAGCCAGAAUCUCACUGAGUCUGUUAGAAGUUGUAGUCUAGCAGAGGUAGUUCUUGCACUUACUUUGGUGAGACAAAUUCCACAUAGUGACUUGCUCCUCUCUUCCUCCCUUUUCCCUCCUUCUCUUUCCUGCACAAAACUAAUAUUGCCAGCCACAAAGAGUAUUUCAGCCAGCUGACUGAUAUCACAGGAAGGAAGCUCUACAGAUAAAAUAAAAACGAAUUUUUAAUUUCUGCAAUGACACAUUUUUAAAAGGAAAGGCUUCAGGGUGUGGGUCUCUGCACCAUAAUUACUUCAGUAAGUUGAAAUGGUUAUAGUGAUAUGUUAAGACACUUACAGUAAUAAUAAUAUAGGUAUAAGUGAAUAAACCUAACUAUAACCAACAAUAAGAAAUGUAAGGUAUAAAGGAAUGCAGCCAGUUACCCAGGUUUGUUGUGACAGAUUUUCUUUUUCCAUCAGAUGUAUACGACUUGCUCUAGUGCAUGACAUGGCAGAGUGCAUUGUGGGUGAUAUAGCUCCUGCUGACAACAUCUCUAAGGAAGAGAAGCACAGGCAAGAAAAGGUGGGUGUUGUGUGCGUUGCACAAAGUGUAGUAAUGAUGAUUUCUGCUUGAACAUAAUGUUUUUUUUAUCCCUACUCUUUUGCAUUUUAACAAUAUUCUGAAGUUUAUUGUAAAAACGUUAGUUUUUUUCCUCUGGAAAUGACUUAAAGGAGUACUCUACACUCAUAGAGCACUUCAACUUGCUGAAUUGCUAUAUGGAUGUGGAGUAUCCCUUUAAUAUCCUCAUUUAUAAAAGUUCCAACUUCAUUGUGAAAUUAGCACUUUUAUAUCUGAAAAUAGAAACGCCUCCACUGAGCUAACUGAAGUAGCAGACACGUUCUAAUAGAGCGUGCCUGCCUUACAGUAUUGGCUGCAAGAACUGCCUGGGUGCAAUCAAUGGGUGACAGGCAGGAGGAAAGUUCUCCCCUCCUGCCUGCCAGUUCUUGCAGGGUCUGUCCCCCUCCCUUCCCUGUGUCAAAGUCUCCCCCCUCCCCUCCUGUGCCUGCUGACCUUGUAGUUGCCGAUCCUUGGGUAGAGGAACUUUAGUUUCUUCUACCCGGACGGACAGGAAGUGUUCUCACUGAGAACACUUCCUGUCAGUCUGGAUAGAGGAAAUUAAAGAUACUUUACCCACAGAUCAGCAGCUUUGCCACAAGGAGAAGGGGGAGGGAAGCUUUGACACCGAGAGAGAGGGAUUUGACGCAGAAAGGGAAAGGGCUUUGACUCAGGGCUUUGACUCAGGGAGGUGAGGGGAAAGGGCUUUGAUACAGGUACUGGGCUUUGACACAGGGAGGGGAGGGAGGAUGAGACACAUGGUGGGUCUGCGGGGAGACACCUGGAAUAGAAUAUAUUUACACACACAUUACUCUUAUCUAGAAAUUACAAACAAAUUCCUUGCUGUUAUAUGGCAUUACACAAUGAAAAAGCAGAAAUAGUUGAUUAGUUACAGGGCUCGACAAAAUCCCAGUUCGCCAUGGCGAUUAAAAAGUUUGCCCUGGCGCCUGGGAUUUGUCAGCUUUUUAUCUAAAACGGCCUUCUGGGCAAAUAAUGGAGCCAGCCAUCCACCCGCGGGAGCAUGUAGGUGGCCGGCUCAGUGAGCGUUGUAGCCGGCCGCCCUGCGCUUUAUGGAGGCAGCAGGCUGAGUGAGCGUUGUAGCCGGCCGCCCUGCGCUUUAUGGAGGCAGCAGGCUGAGUGAGCGUUGUAGCCGACCGCCCUGGGCUUUAUGGAGAUGGUUGGCUUUGUGAGCAUUGUAGCUGGCCGCCCUGGGCUUUAUGGGGGCGGGCCGGCUUAGUGAGCGUUUUAGACUGCCGCUCAGUAAACCUCCCUGGGCUUUAUGGAGGCUGCUGGCUCAGUGGAGCAUCAAGGCGGUUGGCUGGGGCAGCGUACGAGGGAGCAGUGAUCUUCCCGCGGCUCCCCUGCGGAGAGGGAAUAUGACGUCAUUCCAGCCCUGGCAUCACAGGGAGUUGAGAGUAGCUGCAUGGUAGAUUACUGCUCCCUCUCACAGUAAGAGAGAGCAGCCCCACUGGACCCCAGGGAAAGUCCACUCAGCUCUCCCAAAGGUAGGGAGGCUGGGUGGAUUAAAAUAAAAAAUGUAAAUUUGUGAGUGUUUGAGAAAGUGUGUGUAUGUCUGUCAGUUUGUGUGUAUGUCUCUGUUAGUGUGUGUCUGUCAGAGAGUGUGUCUGUUUAGGUACCUACCCCCCUCCAAUCACGUGAUUUGGUGUUUUUACUCACCUUUUUUCCCCACGCUGUGCAGGUUUUGCCGUGGCUUGUCCCGCCUCUAUUGCCAAGUUCAUCAAUCUUUAUGAUUUCAGCUAAGCCAAUGCUUUCCAGGAAAGCAUUGGGAGGAUAUUGCGCAUGUUCUGUAUGGGUAACAUUCAGCACCUCCAUGCAGAGCACUGACACAGGACUAUCUAGUGGUAGUCUGAGUGACAGCCACUAGAUGUCUUAGUAGGCAGCAAUGUAAACACUGCUUUUUCUCUGAAAAUGCAGUGUUUACAUUGAAAAGGCUACAGGGACAGGCUAUAGGCACCAGAACCACUACAUUAAGCUGUAGUGGUUCUGGUGACUAUAGUGUCCCUUUAAAAAAACAAAACUGGCUCCCAGAUUCCCAAAAACAUUUGUCAAGCCCUGAAUUAGUAAAUUCAUUCAUAUCUCCUAUGUAGUAAUGAUUUGAGAUGUAGUGAGGACAGGUCAUUUUUGACAGUGGUUGUUGUAGUAUACUGGUUAGACACAUUAGAAAAGGUGUGCAAAAAGAUCCAGGCACUCCCAUGCUUAAGGGCACGUUUAAGUCCUGUGUACCCAAUCGGCUUAUGGAUUGAGUGCAAUUACUGUUACUUGCCAUUAGAACAGGUGGUCAUCUCCCAAGAUAAUACCACUAUUUGAUGGAGAGAUGUUUUUUUGGGGGGGUCUUAAUUUAUGGUUUUAUAUUUGGGCAGUGUAUGAUUCAUAGGAAACUAGUCCUUUGAAAACAUUAAUGGGAAAAAGAAAGUGGCAGAGUUUAUCAAAUAAAAUUUGAAGUACAGUCGAGCUUAAAGAGAUACUCCAUUUAGGACAGUUGUGUUUAACUUUUUAUGUCAGGGAUGCCAAUUAGUUGCUUGACAUUAACUUAUUUACUCAUCCUUCAAAAACACUACUGGCUUAGGGACCAAUUCAUCUCAUAUAAGUUAAAGGACCACUAUAGUGCCAGGAAAACGUUCUCGUUUUCCUGGCACUAUAGUGCCCUGAGGGUGCCCCCACCUCAGGGACCCCCUCCCGCCCGGCUCUGGGGAGAGGAAAGGGGUUAAAACGUACCUUUCUCCAGCGCUGGGCGGGGAGCUCUCCUCCUCUGAUCCUCCUCUUCUCCUCCCAUUCAGCUGAAUGCGCAUGCGUGGCAAGAGUUGCGCGCGCAUUUAGCUGGUCUCAUAGGAAAGCAUUUACAAUGCUUUCCUAUGGAUGCUUGCGUGCUCUCACUGUGAUUUUCACAGUGAGAAUCACGCAAGCGCCUCUAGUGGCUGUCAAUGAGACAGCCACUAGAGGAAUUGGAGGAAGGAUUAACCCAUUUACAAACAUAGCAGUUUCUCUGAAACUGCUAUGUUUAUAAAAAAAUAAAUAAAUGGGUUAACCCUAGCUGGGUGCCUAGAGUGGUCCUUUAAAGGAUUACUCCAACUAUUUUUAAGUUUUAUUUAAAACUUACCUGAAAUCCAUCACCAGGGAGAAGCUCCUGAUGCUCUUCUCCACACCCCGUUGCAACGUCACAGGCUUCCCCACGUGGUCCGGUCAAAUGCUUCUCGAAUAGAAACAUUGAUUGGACCAUUUUCACAAGUUUGGAGCACAUGCACACGCUUGGAACCAGUGAUUGGAGAAAGUGGAAGUGAACAGGCAUGGCUGGACUGCUAUUUAAAAAUAAAAUAAAAAUAAUACAUCUUUACAACAAAGGAAGGCUGGGAUGGACUGCAAGGAGGGAGGAAGGGGGAGCUAGCAGAGAACUUUGCAGGCAGAGAACCUGACGGCAGAUGUAUUUUAUGCACAGCCCUUGCAUGAGACAAAGUAGUCCCUCAAUUGUCUCAAGUAUUUCUUUGAUAGUGUUGGAAUAUCAAAGAAAUUUCAACACACUCAAUAACACUAUCUUAUACAGAUUAUAUUACAGGGUUCCUUUAUCCACUAGGUAUGAGUGCUGUUACCAUAAACAACUUAUUGUGAGCAGCAGCCUGUGAUCUUAUGAAUAUGAUCAUCUGUUCCUACCAGAGUGGUACAACUACAACUUAUUGUAUUUAUUCUUGUGAAUAUAAUCAUUUCCUUUAGGCUUUUUGCAGUAAACACUGUCUUUUCAGAGAAAAGGCAGUAUUUACAUUACAGCCUAGAGACACCUCCACUGGCUACUCCUCAGAUGACUACUAGAGGUGUUUCCUGGGGCACCUACUCAGUGUGCAGCACUGACAUUGAGUGUCUCCACCCUCUGCAUGGAGACACUGAACUUUUCUAAUUUAUUCAAUGAGGAGAUGUUGCUUGGCCAGGGCUGUGUUUGACGUGUGCUGGCUUUGCCUCCUUGACAGUCUCAGCUAAUCCAAUGCUAUCCUAUGUGAAAGCAUUGUGAUUGGCUCAGAACACUACUUCUGAUUAUGUCAGCCAAGCAGGCAGAUCAGGGGCAGAUGCCGCAGCAGCAGACUAAAAUAAAAGUUAGAUUUUGCUAUAUUUAGGGGGACAUGGUGGUUUUAAUACUAUAGAGUCAGAAAUACAUGUUUGUGUUCCUGACCAUAUAGCAGGGGUAGGCAACCUUUUAGCAGCACUGUGCCGAAAUAAGAUCGUUAUGGCCCAUAGCGUGCCGGUCCUAUUUUUUUUUAAAUUGAGGUGUGUGUGUUGCCGUAUUGUGCUUGUUAUUUAUACUGCAGUUGUUCUGUAUCAUUGUAUUUGUGCAUGUAUGAGCUAUUAUAUUGUAUAUGUUCAUGAGUAGUUUGUGGCAUUGUGUAAAUAAACCUAUGAAUGGGGGCUGCUUGUAGAAUUGUGUGUGUGUGGAUGGAUAUGUCACAUUGUAUGUUUGAUAGUGUGUGUAUGUGAAGGGCUGUUUGUGGUAUUGCAUGAGAGAGGCUGCAUGUGGGGUUGUGUGCAUGCAUGUGGAUUGUCAGUGGUGUUGAGUUUGUGCGGAUUGCGUUUUGUGUUUGUGUGUGGGCUGUUCGUAUUUAUAUGAGGGGAGGGUUAUUCUGCAUAUCUCUGUAUAUCUAGCAGUGUGGGUGGCUUCCUUGUGUUCCAGUGGAGACCAGGCUGUCCAGGUACAGCUAAAGGACAGGAGCUGCAACAGCUGCUGUGGGGUGCUCUAUUGCAGUGUGGAUUCCCAUUCACAAGUGCUGGGUCGAAGUGAUCUGAGAUCCCCUCUACAUGCUGCAAUGCAUAAAUUGAGGAUUGUCCUUCAACAGCUUUUCAUAUUAGCAGAUAUCUGAGGUUUCACUCGCACUCCUGAUAGGCCAGAGCCUGUUUGGCUCUAGCAGCCUUGAGUGCCGUGCAAAGACACCUUGAGUGCCGUGUAUGGCACUAGUGCCGUAGGUUGCCUACCCCUGCCCUAUAGUGUCCCUUUAAUCAUUUUAGCGUAGAUUUGAUGAUUACUGAAAUUCAAAACAUUAAUAAAUAAAAUAUUGAAAGAAAUAACAAAAUGGGUGAAACACCAAAAUUAGUUUAACUUAGGCAAUAACCUAGAUUCCUCGGGUCAUAGUAUUUGAUUCAGGAAAUCUGGAUCUCUUUAUACAAAAGAAUUAGCAAUCAAGGGUGAGACACGGUACCAAAAAACAUCCAACAACCUCUGGAGUCUCCUAAUACGUUUUGUUUCCUUAUGGCACUUGCUUAUAGAUCUAUAGAACCAAUUGUCUAUGAGUAAGUGACAUAAGGGCACAAUUUUUUUGGAAUCUCUACAGGUGUUUUUUUUUUUCUCUCUCUCUCUCUCUCUAUGUAUUGCCCCCACUGCCUUGUUUUUGUAUUUAGAAAAAUAAGAAAAUAAAGAUUUCUGGAUCAUACACUGUGUCCUGCAGUCGCUUUGAGAAAUCCACCAAUUUUGGUUUAUUCUUAACAUGUUACAAAUUCUGGUUGAUGUAGUGCUUGCCCAGAUUAUGUAACAUAAUAGGUUAACAGGUUAACAAAUUUAAACCUAUUUAGUUUAGAAAAACGUCGCCUGAGAGGGGAUAUGAUAACAUUAUACAAAUAUAUUCGGGGCCAAUACAAACCAUUGUGUGGAAAUCUAUUCACAAACCGGACUUUACAUAGGACACGAGGCCAUGCGUUUAGACUGGAAGAAAGAAGAUUUCGUCUAAGGCAAAGGAAAGGUUUUUUUACUGUAAGAACAAUCAGGAUGUGGAAUUCUCUGCCUGAAGAAGUGGUUUUAUCAGAGUCCAUACAGAUGUUCAAACGGCUACUAGAUGCAUACUUGCAAGAACAGAAUAUUCAAGGAUAUAAUCUUUCAAUGUAGGGUAAUAACUGCUUGAUCCAAGGAUAAAUCUGACUGCCAUUCUGGGGUCAAGAAGGAAUUUUUUUCCUAGCUUGUUGCAAAAUUGUGCUUCAAACUGGGUUUUUUUGCCUUCUUUUGGAUCAACAGCAAAAAACAAAUGUGAGGUAGGCUGAACUUGAUGGACGCAAGUCUCUUUUCAGCUAUGUAGCUAUGUAACUAUGUAACAUAAAUGUAAUGGCAGUAUACCUAGAGUUGUGGAAGGGGUUUUGUCUGGCCUAUAUCUACCCCCCUCCCAGCUAUGUCCUGGCGUUCUGCCGAACAUAGAAAACUACAAUAAUCUUUUUCAGUAGAUGGGCCCUCUUUUUUCAGCUGUGAGUAGGAAGAGCCUUCCUACUUCAAGAGUCUGGUUUGGAAAAUACUCCCUGAGCAGAAUCCAAGCUGUUGUUGCCAAGGCUAAUUCUCAUACAUUCAGAGAAGUUGCUAUUUGAGGGCGUCAUAAAAGAUCUGAUUUUAUUUGGUUUAAUUUGUGUGGUAUUACAUUUUGUUAGUUUUGGUCAAUUGCCUUUCUUACAUUUAUUAAAACCCUCUUGGGGAAAUAAAAGUUGUAGGGAGUUUGAAAAACACAAAGCAAAAAGAAAUUGCAGAAGAAUAAAGUAACUUUAUCAUUACUUGUUUAGGAAGCCAUGAAGCAUUUGACUCAGCUGUUACCAGAGGAAAUGAAGAAGGAGGUGUAUGAACUGUGGGAGGUAGGUGUUAGACUUACUAUCGUGUGCAUGUUUUUUUUCUUUUGUGUUCUAGUGUAAUCCUUGUGUUUCAAAAGGAUGAAUACGUUUCAAUAAAUACAAAACAUUGAAGAAUGAAAUGAAUUUUAAAAGUGCAUAAAAGGGGAAACCACUACAGUGUGACCUCACACAAAAUAAAUUUAAAGAAAUACAUACAAGUGUAGAGGAUCCCAAUGUGUAUGAGUGACACCACAUCUCAAAUCGUGAAAGCCACAAAUAAGUAAAUGGGAUGUAAGGUAAGGUAAAUAUGAAAGCCCUUGAGCAAGGAAGGAUAUCUAUAGAAAAAUGUAUAGAAAAGGGAGAGAGAGAGCUUAAAAGAAGUACAGAAAUUUCAGAAACGUCUCCCCACCUUGGAUGAAUGUUUCAACUUAUAGUAAAAAUUAACUAUGAUACAUUGCCUUCGUAGAAUAAAUAAUGCUGCAAUACAAACAGAACUAAAAAGUAAAUAUUGUUUGUAGCAUUAUCAGGUUCUAUAAAACCAUGAAUAAUAUGUUAAGGGACACACUGAACACCAAAACUACUUCAUCUUAGCCACUUAAUAACCCACGAUAGAAUUAUCUUUCAUGGAUGUCCUUACCUCAAGAAGCCAUGGCAGAAUAAUUCCAUCAUGCGGCAUAUUACCAGCUGGGACUGUUUUCCUGCUGUUAACAAGGAAACCCCAGGUUAUGGACUCAGGAGAUAUAUCUUUGCACAGUUAGUGAUUUUUAUUGCAGUAGCACACAUCUUUACAGAAUAAACUGCAAUGUGCAUGUAAAAAAACCCACAAAAAUAAAAUGCCAUAAAUUAACAUAGAUGUACAAAAUAUACUAUAUGACAUACCCUGUGCUGUCUACUUUCACAGAUGGUAUGCGUUUCCCAAAAUGUGGAAUAUAAAGUCCAGCACUGAGUAAGCUAUCACAGCGAAACUCGUUUUAGAUAAUUUUUCACAAGCUGGUCUUUAUAUUAAGUGAAUGUUUAUUGUUUUUAUAUUUGUAUUUGAAGUUAUAAUAAACUUAAUAUCUGUAGCACGGUUGCCAGCUCUUUAUUACAACAAGUAUCAAGAUAUACACCUGGGGAAGUGUCACCACACAAAUUUACACUAGGUGCGUAACCUUAGAACCAAGGACUUUUAGGCUCUAAAUAAGGUGAACGUCCAUAUUUUAUUGUAUUCAUAUUAGAUAUAAUACUUGUCAGGCAUACUGCCUUAUUGUGGUAUUCCUGUGUUUUUUUUCUGGGCAUGUCUCCAGAUAGAAGACAGAUGAGGUUCUAUCUGGAAAGGCACAACUAUGCAUUAAGUGAGCCUAUAUUUUGUGGUCCAUUACGUGUGUGUGUUUACACCCCACUAUUCACAUUUACCAAGGAUUGUUACCAUCUGCACUAUUUGUUGUUCUCUAUGUUUAUAUAUUUUAUAUGCUUCUGUUUUAACUUUGCUAUUGUACUGCAUACUUUAAGGGGGUAAGAUGUAGGGAUCGACCGAUAUUGAUUUUUUAGAGCCGAUACCGAUAUUCUGUGAACUUUCAGGCCGAUAACCGAUAUAAUUUGCCGAUAUUCUGUACAUUUACCAUUUUGGAAAAUAAAAACUAUUUCUAAAGGUAAAUGCACAAAAUAUACAUGCCACGUGUAAUGGAUGCAGUGUGUUUAGACAAGGGGAGCUGUAUGUGUUUGUGUAGUGUGUGUAGUGGAUGCAAUGUGUGUUUGUGUAGUGGAUGCAGUGUGUGUGUGUGUAGUGGAUGCAGUGUGUGUAGUGGAUGCAGUGUGUGUAGUGGAUGCAGUGUGUGUAGUGGAUGCAGUGUGUGUGUGUGUGUAGUGGAUGCAGUGUGUGUGUGUGUGUAGUGGAUGCAGUGUGUGUGUGUGUAGUGGAUGCAGUGUGUGUGUGUGUAGUGUGUGUUUGUGGAUGCAGUGUGUGUUUGGGUAGUGUGUGGGUAGUGUGCGUAAAGUGAAUGCAGUAUAUACUAAAUGCAAAGUGUGUGUGUUUGUGUAGUGUGUGUGUAUAUAAUUAAUGUAGUGUGUUUAUAUAAUGCAGAGUGUGUAUAUAAUGCAGUGUGUUUGUGUAUUGUGCAUUAUAUAAACACACUAUGCAAACACACUGCAUUAUAUACAUACACACACUGCAUUAUAUAUAUACACACACUACACACACACUGCAUUAUAUACACACACUACACACACUGCAUUAUAUACACAGUGUGUUUGUGUAGUGUGUGUUUGUAUAGUGUGUGUGUAUAUAAUGCAGUGUGUGUGUAGUGUGCAUUAUAUAAACACACUAUGCAAACAUUGCGUUAUAUAAACAGUGUAUUUGUGUAGUGUAUAUGGAGUGUGUGUGUGAGGGGGCAUUUUUUAUAAAAAAUUUUUUUUUUUAAUAUUUAAUUAUUUUUGUUGCCCCCUUCCCUGCUUGUUGCCUGGCCAGGGAGGGGGGUAUGACAGUCCCUGGUCCAGUGGUAUUGGCUGAGCUGUGAGGGGGGGUGGAGAGCAAGCGCUUACUCACCUCCCAGCAGCUCCUCCAGCUCCCCAGUGUAAAUCUGGCGGCCGCGGGUCUCGCGAGAGUUACACUGGGGAGCUGAAGGAGCUGCUGGGAGGUGAGUAAGAGCUUGCUCUUCGCCCCCCCUCCCCAGGACCGCCGGGCUUGUAAUGAGCCUGGCGGUCCUAGGAGAUAUUAUCGGCAAUAUCGGUAUCUGAAUUGGCUGAUACCGAUAUUGACAAAAAUACCGAAUAUUGGCCGAUUAUAUCGGUAAAACCGAUAAUCGGUCGAUCCCUAGUAAGAUGCUUCUUUCCACACAGCACUCCAUUUUGUAUUAUAAGUCUUGCACUUGUAAUAAAUAUUGUCAUUUAUGAUUAUUUUGGUUAAGGAAAGUAAGGAACCUUUCACACGUUUGUUUUUUUUUUCUUGUGCUGCUUGUCUUUAAAGGUACACUGUAGUCACUAUAACCAUUUCGUCUCUUUGAAUUGGUUAUAUUGCCUGGAGUGCCCUGGCACUGUCCCCCUUCUAUGUGUAGCUAAGGCAGAGAUUACACACAUUCUUGUUGUCAUACCGUGAGUUGGAGCUCUGACAGGCUAAAAGCAGUCAGCUGACAGUCUCAGCCAAUCACAGCUGUCCAUUGCUGGCACAUAUCAGAUUUGCUAAAUGGCCAGCAAAAAUGUAAUGUCUAUGUAAAAGAUGCAUACAGAUUUUUACCACAAACUUUGACAUAAACUGUUGAAAAAUUGAAGCAUGUUCAGUCACAAUAAAAACUAUAUGAGAUAUACUGGGUGUCUACUUCAAAAAUGGUAGGCUAUUGUGGGGUAAUUUCAACACUCAAACUGCUGUAAUGCCUCAAAAAGAGACAUCAUGGCCUGGUGUCUGAUAUACCACUGUUGCUUCACAAGAUAGUUGUACUCUGAAGAUGUAGCCGACUGAACACAAUAUGGAGUUUUGAAAGGAGUUGCACACAUCUGUUUUAUGAAACACACAUUAAAAAAAGUAGGUGUUUAAAAAAAAAAAAAAAAAAAGUUUUUACUAAAAUGUUUAGCAGAGAUUGGCAGUUUAAAGGACCACUCUAGGCACCCAGACCACUUCAGCUUAAUGAAGUGGUCUGGGUGCCAGGUCCAGCUAGGGUCAACCCAUUUUUUAAUAAACAUAGCAGUUUCAGAGAAACUGCUAUGUUUAUGAAUGGGUUAAGCCUUCCCCCUAAUCCUCUAGUGGCUGUCUCAUUGACAGCCACUAGAGGCGCUUGCGUGCUUCUCACUGUGAUUUUCACAGUGAGAGCACGCCAGCGUCCAUAGGAAAACAUUGUAAAUGCUUUCCUAUGCGACCGGCUGAAUGCGCGCGCAGCUCUUGCCGCGCGUGCGCAUUCAGCCGGUGGGGAGGAUCGGAGGAGGAGAGAAGGAGGAGAGCUCUCCGCCCAGCGCUGGAAAAAGGUAAGUUUAAACCCCUUUCCCCUUUCCAGAGCUGGGCGGAAGGGGGUCCCUGAGGGUGGGGGCACCCUCAGGGCACUAUAGUGCCAGGAAAACGAGUAUGUUUUCCUGGCACUAUAGUGGUCCUUUAAAUGACCACUAUAGGCACCCAGACCACUUCAGGUCUAGUUUUAACCCUGCAGCUGAAAACAUAGCAGUUUCAGAGAAACCCUCACUGACAGCUGCUAGAGGCGCUUCCGCAAUUCUCACUGUGAAAAUCACAGUGAGAAGACGCUGGACGUCCAUAGGAAAGCAUCGAGUAAUGCUUUCAUAUGGGCUGUUUGAAAGCGCGCGCGGCUCUUGCUGCGCAUGCGCAUUCGGUUCUGACGUCGGCAGAAGGAGUGUUCCCCAGCACAGAGGGAGCCUGGCGCUAGAGAAAGGUAAGUGGCAUUCAGCCCAGCAGGAAAGGGGCCUUGAGGGUAGGGGGGAACCUAAUGACCCUAUAGUGCCAGGAAAACUGGUUUGUUUUCCUGGCACUAUAGUGCUCCUUUAAUGGCCAUGCAAAAAAAUAAAAUGACCUUCAAUAAAUAGCUUGUGAUGUCUGUUUUAUAAUUUUUUUAUAUUUAUAUAACAUUUUUGUUUUAUUUGAUGGCUAUUAAUGGGAUACCUAUCUGAGUGCCUUGAUGUCUUUCUAUUGGAUUUAUUACUGGUGUGCCAGUCAUCGGUGUCCUUACACCCUUUAUUUAAACCAUUAAUAUAGUAAGAAGCUUAAGAUAAACAUACCAAAGUCUAUAUUCAUCUCACAUUUAAAUUUGUUUUACUCUUAGUAGUUUGUGACCUAUAAAGGUAAUUCAGACAGCUGGGAUGAUGCACUUCCUCAUAGUUUUUUUUUUUUUCUGCAGCAUGAAACCUAAGUUAGUGUUUCUAAAGAGAAACAUUAAAGGGACACUACGCACCCAGACCACUUCAGCUCAUUGAAGUGGUUUGGGUGCCAACUACCAUACCCUUAACCCUACAAGUGUAAUUAUUUCAGUUUUUAUAAACUGCAAUAAUUACCUUGCAAGGUUAAGCCCUCCUCUAGUAGCUGUCCACUAGAGGGACUUCUGGAUCCUUAGAUUACUUUUGGUCGUCUAAACAACGCUGGAUGUCCUCACGCUAUGCAUGAGGACCUCCAGCGUCGCCUGAAUCCCCAUAGGAAAGCAUUGAAUAAUGCUUUCCUUUGGGGAGGUGUAAUAUGCGCGCGCGCAGCCAUUACCACACAUGCGCAUUAGGUCUCUCCCGUCGGCGGGGGAGGAGCAUGGGCAGAGCCUGACCCAGCGCCGAGGGACAUUGGUUCUGGAUUCAGGUAAUUGACUGGAGGGGUUUUAACCCCUUUCAGCAACGGGGGGGGGGGGGGGGUUCAGGAAGCAGGGGGGUCACUCCAGGAUUCUACAGUGCCAGGAAAAUGGGUUUGUUUUCCUGGCACUAGAGAAUCCCUUUAAAUUCAAUGUUCUACUAUGAGAAGCAAUCGCCAUGCUUCCUAGUUCAUUUUAUCAACUGGGAGAUCAUCAGUAUCUACAUUAUCUCAGAGUACGCAGAGCGGAGCUACGGUGAAACAGUCCAUAUUAUAUGGUCCUAAGGAGAACACCCCACUGAGCAUCCACAAUGGUAACCGUUAUAACUGCAAAAAUCCAUAUCUAUGCAUAAUUAUGUGUAGGAGUGGAGAACUGUGUUCCGUUUGUUACCUUAUAUGUUUUCUACGUUUUAGAUUCAUCCACAUUUCUCUGUUUGCAUGUAUGUCAUUAAUUUGCAUUCUCUUGACAGUCUGUUAGGAGUUGACUGAACUCCCACCGCUGAUCUUAGCUUGGGUGGUUAAUUAUCUGUGCCUGCCAAGAGCACUGUCAGUGUAACAAAAAGCGAUCCUUUUCCACUAUUCUUACUAAUCAGCACAUCUUGCCUGCUACCUUUCUGCACACGUCAGUUUCCAAGGUGACUAACUCUUCUUUAAUACUUAGAAGCCCAGAAACCGUCAAAAUAACUUUCUUGUUUUGCUAGCUAGACCCUAGAAUGAAAUUAAGUACAUGCCUAAAAUAGUAUCUAUUAGCUAAAUAUUUUCUUGUUAUGUAUAUUUGUUUUAUUUCGCUUCUUAAAAAUCCAUUUAUGACUGAAUUGCCUAGAUACGACCUGCUCUGUUCUUCCAUCCAAGUCCCCAGCGUCAAUGAAAAAAAAUCUUAGACUGGUGGUGAAAGGUUGAGAGUGGCAGCUGAAGCUCUCGGCCUAUCACUAGCUUACCAUUGGUAAAAUUGCAUUAGAAAGUUGUGUAACUAGUUUUACCCCUUUUGGUAAGUCGGCGCCCAGGACCUCCAUACACCAUUAUAACUUCAUUAAGAUGAGAAGUUAUGAAGAGUGUAGUGUUUCUUCAACACCUUCACUACCAGUACCUUUUGAGCAAAAUAAUGAGCUUAUAUGAUUUGAACAUAUAUUUGACACAAGGGAUGCAUGUCACGAACGCACCCUACUCCAAGAGUGUGCGUAAUGUAGUUGUGGUGGUGAAAGGGUUAAAGUUCACUAUUUGUCUGCACUAGACUGGAAAUAAUGAAAAAAUCCCCUUUAACACCACCCACACUUAAACAUAAUAAUAUAAAUUUUACUAUUUUAACGCUGCCACCACCAAGACAAUUUAUAAAUGGGGUGCCUUGGUCCCCCAGGUAAAUCAAUAAUAAAAACCCACUAAAUAUUACUUAGCACAAUAUCAAUGUAAUUGCAAAACACUAAUUAGUCUCUGCAGGAAACGUGAUUCUUAACAAGACAAAGGCAGAACUUAAUAAAUGAAUGUUUAUUAUAAGCAAAAAGUAGUCACAGUGCAUACAAAAAUAUGAUAAAUUAUUUACCCCAACAACAGAUAAAAACAAAAAGGAUAAAAUAACAGAAGUCCUAAUUACUCACUUAGUUUUCAAAGCAAAACGUCUGCCCAGGGGGCCAAAUCAUUGGAUAUAUACCCUGUGGAUUAUCAAGUCUUGCCCAGGGGUGGAGUUAAGGUGUACCUACCUAAGGUGUAACAAACAUUGGUUUGUUCAAGACAAAUGUCAAUCCAAAUGGACACAUUUGGCACUAUCUUCCCUUAUGUAUCGGCCACAGAAAUAAUAAUCGCAUCUACAAAUUUAUUAUUUUCCCAUCCCAUAGACACGUCGUACGCCCCACCCACGAUCCAAUAGGACGGACAUCACAAUUCCUGGCACACUGUUUAAGUUGUUCAACUCACAUUUAGGCUUAAUUAAAAGAUUGGGCUUGUCCCAUUCCAAAUAUAAUAAAACUUAGGUCUAAUUAUUAUGCAGUGGGUAAGUAUUAAUGUUUCUCUUUGGUAUGAUACUGGAACACCAGGGUCUUCAUUAAACUAAUACCAUUACCAUAUCAAAGGAUUGAACUUUCAAUUGAGAGUUUUAGGUCAUAUGGUCAAAGUCAGUUAGUUUAAACUAGACAUACAGGCAGCUCAAGUGUAAAAUGUCUCACCUUGCAGGGCCUUUGAUAGAUCAAAAGGGCAAUCCUUUUCACACCUUGCAGAAGCCUUUUUUGAUCAAAAGAGAAAUUUUUCUCUGCCAUUUGUCCUCUACCCAAGUGUCAAACUACUGAUGCACUACACAAGUAAUAUUAAAUAGCAAUAUUCCAUAGUGUAAUAAAUUAUGCACCCUUGCCGUGACAAUGCAUAUCUAGCAUAUAAACAUAUCGUAACACGGCCAUGUAUUUGAAAAUAAUAGUAAUAAUUUAACCCCUUAAGGACGGCGGGCGUGCUAUGCUGUCCUUGGGGACCCGGCUCUAAACGCUGGGGGGCGGCAUAGCACGUCACCGCCAUCCUAUUCACUUACCCAGCAAUUCCACGCUGGCAAUUCCACGCUGGUGAUCGCGGUGGGGAGACUCACCUGGCAUUCCAGGGGGAAGUCCUGCUGCCGUUCCGGCCCCCCUGGGCUAUGUGAUCGCGAGGACCUCACGAUCACAUGGAUGGCAUAGCCAUCCCCAGCAGUGGGAGUGCCUGUAAAAUUUAUAAAAAAAAAAAAAGGUUAAAACCGUUUAAAAUUAAAUACACUAUCUGUGUAUUUUAAUAUAUAUACACACCCUGUUCUAAAUUAUUAUACACAUUCUAUUUAAGUGUCACAAAGAUUAAAUAUUUUGGUUUUCAGUUUAACCACUUAAGACCGGAGGGCGUACAAUUACGCCCUAUUUUAGGCGGCUCUAAACGCCGCCGGGCGUAAUUGUAUGCCCUCCGGUCUUUUUUACUUACCCGGUUGCCUGCGGUCCCACGCUGGCGAUCGCGGUGGGGGGGACUCCCAGGGAGCACCCCCGCGGUAGAUCCCCCUCCUCCGGUGCCCCCCGGCCAUGUGAGAGUGAGGUCCUUGCGAGGACCUCACAAUCACAUGGCCGGGAUAGCUGGCUUCUGUAUUGCCACAAGGUGUACAUUUGGCUCAGUCCUUAACCCCUUAAGGACGGAGCCAAAUGUACACGUUGUGAACAAAAUAAAAUGUAAACAAAACCUGGCAUUUGCGCUACAUGUCUGUCCAACCGUAAUACACCUCUUUCAUAGUAAAUGCACCCACCCUUAUUAUAUAUCAUUUUAUUCAGGGGAAACAGGGCUUUCAUUUAAUAUCAAAUAUUUAGCUAUAAAACAUAAUUUAAUAUGAAAAAAAUGGGAGAAAAUACGAUUAUUUUGUUUUGAUUUUUUUUUUAGUUCUACAUGACAUUUUAACAGUCAAUGUCAUAAUACUGUUUGCUUUUACUGCAAUAAAAUACACAUAUUUGUAUUUAGUAAAGUCUCACGUGUAAGACAGUACCCCCUAUGUACAGGUUUUAUGGCGUUUUGGGAAGUUACAGGGUCAAAUAUAGCACGUUACAUUUGAAAUUGAAAUUCGCCAGAUUGGUUACGUUGCCUUUGAGACUGUAUAGUAGCCCGGGAAUGAAAUUUACACCCAUAAUGGCAUACCAUUUGCAAUAGUAGACAACCCAAGGUAUUGCAAAUGGGGUAUGUCCAGUCUUUUUCAGUAGCCAUUUGGUCACAAACACUGGCCAAUGUUAGCAUUAGUAUUUGUUUGUGUGUGAAAAAUUCAAAAACCGCCAAUUUUGGCCAGUGUUUGUGACUAAGUGGCUACUAAAAAAGACUGGACAUACCCUGUUUGCAAUAACUUGGGUUGUCUACUAUUGCAAAUGGUUUGCCAUCUUAGGGGUAAUUUUCAUUCUUGGGCUACCAUAGGGUCUCAAAGGCAACGUAACCAAUCUGGUGAAUUUUAAUGUGAAAAAAAUGAAACCCAAGCCUUAUAUUUGACGCUGUAACUUUUGAAAACACCAUAAAACCUGUACAUGAGGGGUACUGUUGUACUCGGGAGACUUCGCUGAACACAAAUAUUUGUUUCAAAACAGUAAAAAGUAUCACAGCAAUAACAUUGUCCGUGUAAUGCCGUUUGUGCGUGAAAAAUGCAAAAAACGUCACUUUUACUGGCGAUAUCAUCGUAAUACAUUUUACUGUUUUGAAACACUAAUAUUUGUGUUCAGCGAAGUCUCCCAAGUAGAACAGUACCCCCCAUGUACAGGUUUUAUGGUGUCUCGGAAAGUUAUAGGGUUAAAUAUAGUGCAGCAAAUUAAAUUCCCUUUACUUUCGGCAUGGGUUGUCAGGCAGGUCCUGCUAAUUGUAAUUAAUUAAGAUACCUAAUUAUGUAAAAAUAUUACAUAAAUAUAUGUAGAAUUAAUAUGUGUGUGUGUGUGUGUGUAUAUAUAUAUAUAUAUAUAUAUAUAUAUAUAAUCUAUAUAAUUUUUUUAAAUAUUUUUAUUUAUAUAUAGGUAGAUAUAUAUAUUAUGUCGUUCUACGUGUAUUUUGAUAUAUAUAUAUAUAUAUUUUCACAAUACAGUUAGAACGAAAUAACACACAUCUAUAUAUUUUUUAAUUAUUUUUUUAAUUUUAUUUUAUAACGUUUUUAUUUUUUUUAUAUAUAUCAGUAUCAGUCUACGUGUAAUUUGAUAUUAAUAUAUAUAUAAAUAUAUAUAAAUAGUAAAUUACACCUAGACGGUGUACGUGUGUGUAUGUAUAUGUGUGUGUGUGUGUGUAUGUGUGUAUAUAUAUAUAUAUAUAUAUAUGUGUGUAUAUAUAUAUAUAUAUAUAUAUAUAUAUAUAUAUAUAUAUAUAUAUAUAUAUAUAUAAUGUAUGUAUAUAUUCUAAGUAUAUAUUAUUUUUUUUACACUAUUUAUUAAAUUUUUAUUUUCAGCCAGCAGGGGGACCACCUGUCAUUACAGGCAGUCCCCCUGCUGGCAAUGCUGCAGCCAGCUACCCCCGGCCAUGUGAUUGUGGGGUCCUCACAAGGACCACACUCUCACGCGGCCGGGGGGCUUCGAGGAGGAUGGACGUGCCACGGGGGGUUCCCUGGGAGUCCCCCCCACCGCGAUCACCAGCGUGGGAUCGCCGGCGACCGGGUAAGUACCGAAAGACCGGAGGGCGUACUAUUACGCCCGGCGGCGGUUAGAGCCGCUUAGAAUAGGGCGUAAUAGUACGCCCUCCGGUCUUAAGGGGUUAAUUCAUGGAUGGCAUUGUGUCUCAGGGCUCUUUUGAUCACUGAAAACAAUCUCGGACACCUGUGAUAAUUAGAUUGCCAGGUGAGCCCAAUUUAAGGAAAAACCACUAAAGGAGGGUGUUCCACAUUAUUAAGCAGAGCACCAUUUUCAUGCAAUAUGGGGAAGAAAAAGAAUUUCUCUGCUGCCGAAAAGAGUGAAAUAGUUCAGUGCCUUGGACGAGGUAUGAAAACAUUAGAUAUUUCACAAAAACUUUAGCAUGAUCAUCGCACUAUUAAGAGACUUGUGGCUGAUUCAGAGCACAGACGGGUUCGUGCAGAUAAAGGCACAUUGAGGAAGAUUUCUGCCAGAUGCAUGCAUCGGAUCAACAGAGCAGCUGCUAAAAUACCAUUACAUCGCAGCAAACAGAUAUUUGUAGCUGCUGGUGCCUCUGGAGUCCUACGGACAUCAAGGUGUAGAGUCCUCCAGAGUCUUGCAACUGUGCAUAAACCUUCUAUUCGGCCACCACUAACCAAUGCACACAAGCAGAAACGGCUACAUUGGGCAGAAAAAUACAUGAAGACUAAUUUUCAAACAGUCCUGUUCACUGAUGAGUGCCGUGCAACCCUGGAUGGUCCAGAUGGAUGGAGUAGUGGAUGGUUGAUGGAUGGCCACCCUGUUCCAACAAGGCUGCGACGUCCGGUGGAGUCAUGUUUUGGUCCAAAAUCAUGGGAAGAGAGCUGGUCGGCCCCUUUGGUGUAAAGAUGACCUCUGCAAAGUAUGUGGAGUUUCUGAUUGACCAUUUUCUUCCCUGGUACAGAAGGAAGAACUAUGCUUUCCAUAAUAAAAUCAUCUUCAUGCAUGGCAAUGCACCAUCUCAUGCUGCAAAGAAUAAUGCUGCAUCACUGACUGCUAUGGGGAUAAAAGGAGAGAAAGUCAUGGUGUGGCCUCCAACCUCCCUUGACCUCAAUCCUAUUGAGAACCUAUGGAGCAUCCUCAAGCAUAAGAUCCAUGAGGGUGGGAGGCAGUUUACAUCCAAACAGCAGCUCUGGGAGGCUAUUCUGACAUCUUCAAUGGAUGCAAGACUUGUGAAGCUGCUAUCAAAUAAGGGGUCCCAUGUUAAAAUGUAAAGUGACCUGUUAAAAUGUUAUAAGUUUGAUUGAAAUAGCUUUUGAUUUUCUGUAAAUAUGCUGCAAACACAACACAUGACAAUUUUCAGUUCUUUACAACCUAUAAAGUGUUCUGAAACUUACUGUGCGUAAUAAUUUGGAACAGUUUUUUUAUGUUUAAAAGAAAUACUGUUAUCAUUAGGAGGUUUGUUCAAUAAAAUUUGAAUUGUACUCUUAAUAGUUGAUGAGAAUUAUGCUGACUGUUAUUUACAGCAAUUAUUUAGGUAAAUGAGAAAAAUAUCAUUUGCAUAAAAUUUGGAACAGGGUGUGUGUAUAAUUUUAUACACACAUGCGUAUGCAUAUAUUUAUGUAAUAAUUUUACAUAAUUAGGUAAUUUUAUUAAUUACAAUUUGCAGGACCUGCCUGACAACCCAGACCAAAAGUCCAGGGAAUUUAAUUUGCUAGCACUAUAUUUAACCCUGUAACUUUCCAAGAUACCAUAAAACCCUGACAGACUGGACAUACCCCAUUUGCAAUACCUUGGGUUGUCUGCUAUUGCAAAUGGUAUGCCAUCAUGGGGGUAAUUCUCAUUCCUGGGCUACCAUACAGUCUCAAAGGCAACGUAACCAAUCUGGCGAAAUUUAAGUGUGAAAAAACUGAAAAAUGUAACAUUCUAUAUUUGACCCUGUAACUUCCCAAACCACCAUAAAAUCUGUACAUAUGGGGUACUGUUUUACACGUGAGACAUAGGUGUAUUUUAGUGCAGUAAAAGCAAACAAAAUGAUGAUAUUCAUAGUUAAAAUGUUACGUAAAAAUAGUCUUAUUUUCUCCUAUUUUUUAUAUUGUAUUCAUAUUAAGUUAUGUUUCAUAGCUAAAUAUUUGAUGGUAUAUGAAAGCCCCGUUUCCCCUGAAUAAAAUGAUAUAUAAUAAGUGUGUGUGCACUUAAUAUGAAAGAGGUGAAUUACGGUUGAACAGACACAUACCGCAAAUGCCAGGUUUUCUUUGUUUUGUUUUGAUCACAACGUGUACAUUUGGCUCAGUCCUUAAGGGGUUAAAUGUACUCCGUUUUUAUUUUUCACUUAUUUGUUUAGCCUUUAUAAAAUAAUAUUUGGGAAAUGAAAAGCUUUACACAAUAUACAGUGUCCUUUAUCUUGCAAUAUUUCACACAAAGUGAAACGCAGUAGGUAUGGUAAAAAAUAGUUAAAUAAAAAUGGUUGAUUACCUUUCUUAUAGGUAUUUGUAAAGACCCUGCAUGCAUUACUGAUAGUAUAGAUUACUAACAUUGGCAAAAGACUUUAUUUAAUGCUAAAUUGCAGACAUUCUUUUUAGUUAAAUCAGAUUUUCCUAAAAUAAGAUAUAUUUAAAAUUUCUAUAGCAAUCUUUAUCAAUAUGUAGGAAUGAUAAGACCCAUAGAAAAUUAUUUUACUGUUCAGAAGGAGGGGUGAGAUUAAAUAUUCAGCAAACUUGCAGGCAUUAAAUUAGUAUAUUUUGGCUUCUGGCCGAGAAAUUCAUUCUUCCAAAUGGUAGUAAUCAUUGUUAAAGUAUAAAUCCGGCUUAGUGAGGAUGUAUGGACUAGAUUUCAUACUGCAAAAUACAUGAAAAGAAACAUUUAUGCUCAAUCCUGGUAUUGAAGUGGUUAAAAAUGAUGUCAUUUAACAUUAUCAGUUAAAGCGGCACUGUCAUGCCGAACUUACCUUUCUUUAAUCGAUUCCUCUUCUCUCCCUCUCUCAGGAUCUGUUUUUCAUUUCUUCCUGUCUGCUCUAGUUUUCUUUAAAACAUAAGACAAAGUAGGGGCUAUUUGUCUUUUGGAGGUUUCCUACGCCUGACCAUCUCUGACCAGCGGUGGAGCAAAGUGUGCUUCAUUUCCGGUGGUCAGAGAAAUUUUCCCACAAUUCUAACCUUUCCUCCGUGUUCCCGCGAUGUUUCCCUUCACUUUUUCCGAACGUCCUGUCACAUAGACAUUUUUUUAUUUGGCCCCCCACCCAAAUAAAACAAUUAUUAAACCCCUACCUACCCCCCUCACCCUAAAAAAUAAUGGGGGAAAUAAAAGAACUAAGUACCUGUAAAAAAAAAAAAAAUUUAAAAAAAAAAUUUAACUUACCAUUUGAUGUCUUCUUUUUUCUAAAAUCUUCAUUUUUCAGCCCCAAAAAAACCCAUAAUACCUGUCGAACUUGUAAAAAAUAAAAUAAACCAGAGCGCAAAGAAAGAAAAAAACAGACGCUAAAAAAUGAAUCCAUCUUCACCCGGCGAGGGCACGGCGCAGACUGAGCUCCGCAGGGCAAGGAAAGGCUUAUAAAGCCUUCCCACACCCUGCAAUUUGACUCUUAAACCGGCUGCUCACUGUUUAGAAGACAUGCCCCUACUCGCAGCAUAGCGAGUAGGGGCAUUCGGGAGAUUUCAGUCUCCAUUAUGCUAUUAUGGGGGUCUUUCUGACAAAUGAAUGGAUGAAAUUCCCGUUUGCAUGCCCAAAUGUUUAACUGGGCGUGUGCGGGAAUUUCACAGCGCCAUAUAGUGUGGGCAGAUGACGUUUCCAACAGGGACCUCAUCUACUUGCACAAAGAUAUUGGCACCUAGGUCGGGGCAAAAAAUAAAGUUUAAAAAUUUGGGGGUGUGGUCAAUUAGAUGUAGUGGAGUCGGGAGGGGUGUAAAAAAAAACAAAACAGGAUUCGGCCAGGACAGUGCCGCUUUAAGUAAGAAUUCCAGAGCCAAGAACCUUGAAUAGAUUUAUUCAUUAUUUAUUUUCUUGUCAAACAAAUGUCUGGCUUCUCGUAUAUACAAAAGCCCACAUCCACCUUCUAAGCAACAGCCAUCUGUCAAACCAAAUUGUUAUCUCAUACCUCCCAAGCAGCCCUGACUUAAGGGAAUGAUUUGGUAAGGCUCUAAGCCACUGUCAAGAUUGGUUGAGACUGAUGAUUACACUAGGAGGCAUUUACUUUGUGGUAGAAUUUUAAAAAUACUGAUACCAUCUAUAUUAAAAUUAUAAUUUUCUGAUGUGAAUAUAACUCCUGUUAAAUUCAAGUUACAAAAUAUAAUAAUAAUAAUAAUAAUGCAACCCCUCUUGGUUUUACAAGAUCCUUUGUCAUUGUCGCUUAGUUUGUGCAUUUCUGUUCUUUCAUCUUCAGUCUUUUAGAAAGGUAAUGUAAAGAAGCCUAGGUAAACCUGUGCUUCACAUGCUUCAAUGCAUGUCUGUGUAUUGUUCCUAACUGAGAGUGAUUGUGGUACUGGUUGCUGUAUUUUUAUUUUUUAUUUUAUUUUUUUAUUUUUUUUAAUGUUGCCAAACUGUUUCUUAUUUAAAGGGACACUAUAGUCUCCUGGACAACUUUAUCUCUGAAAAAUGCAGGCCCUUUUUUCUAAAACAAAAUGUAAACAUGUUAAGCAACUCUUAUCUAAGCAUAAAACAAAUUAUACUGUCACAAGAUAAUCGAGAUAUGUAGAGAGUAGGUGUAAUAGAUGCUUUAGAGAUAAGUAGAUAUCUACAAAGCUUGGCAGAAAUGCGCUGCCUUGUGAGUAAUCAGACUUAGAGGAAACACAAGUGGUACCAAUAUCAUAUGAAGAUAGUGUAGAAAAACGUCAAAAGCGUCAUUGGCGACUGCUCACAAAGAGCUGGAGAGCUGUAGCCACUGAGGCAACAAAGCAGAAAAUAAAUUGGCCUGGGAAGGCAGUGGUCCAUGGCAGGACCGAUCCUUUGUUUCCACAGUGUCUGUCGAGGCAUCUGCCUCUUCGCCACCAUUUUCAGCGUCGCAUCAGUACUGUGCCCAACGGGCAACUGCUUGGUGUCAGUUUAGGCGAAAUCAGGUUGAACUGCUGGGGUACCUCCUGAUCGCACUGCACGUCACUGGAUCCUGUAUCAGAGUUGUACCCACAGUCUCUCAAAGGCUUGGGAUAUCCGUUCUUCCAGUGUGACCCACAGAGUGGAAGCAGCAGGCUUCCCAUCAGCGGCAAUCUUGUCAUGCUGUAUGCAAGUAGACCGCUCCACGAGUUCUGCCAGCUCCAGGACAUGUGAGUGGGUCAGCACCUCAGUGGGAACUGGGAUAACCCCCCACCAAUCCAAGGGGGGGAGGGGGAAGGAGCCUGACAGCAGCGUUGCUUAUGGAGCGAGAAGAGCGGCCGCCUCUCCCAGGCUUGUGAGCCCUUAGGCCGCAUGAUGUGAUGCCGGCUUCCAGUAACUUGUAGCAUCAAGUAAGGAAUCCCCUGAGUCAUCGGCUCACUUCCCAUGCGUGGGGUGCAGUUUGGGGUGAUUUCAAGUUUGGGGUCUGGUGUUAGCUCCUCUUUAUGUGGCAGAUACUGUAGGAGCUCUCUAGGCACACGUUUGUUCGGCUUGGCUGCCAAGCUCCACCCCCUGGUUGCUUUUGAUUUUAGCUACAUUUAUUUAUUUUUUUAUUCUGUAUUUUUCUGUUUUUGACAUCAGUUUCUGUCCAGAUUACUUUUGUCACGUGCAUUGACAUACAUGCUUGUUAUAGUCUAGAGAUAUUCUGUUCUGUAGAUCCAUAUAUAUUGGUUAGUGCUAUUUCGGGGUCAUAAAAGUGAAGCAAAAGUUGUUCUCUCAGAACACCACAGUGCUGAGUCAUUCCAAAGUGUUAAACUCAGAUUGUAACUUUCUUUUCAUAUGAUUAACAUAGUAAAUAUUGCUUUGGUUAGUGCAGUGGUAGUCAACCUUUUUCUACUUACCGCCCACUAAUGCAUCUUUCUUGAUGGAAACAUUUCCUUACCGCCCACCAGUUUUCGCGCAAGUGUGGAUUUUUUUUAGAAAGGAGGGUGUUUUAAAACAAAAAAAUAAAUGUAUGUACAUUUAUCUUUUUAUUUCUACUUUAUGCAUGUUUAUAAUGUUUUUAACUUUAUAAAGUUUAAUGAGAAAACAAUAAAGUAAAUUGAAUUUACCUUUACUAGUGAUUAAUGAGAUCCUUGAGGCUGAUGCUCUGAGACUAAAUAUUUGAUAUCUGGCUUGAUUUUCGUAAGGAACAAACGAAGGUCUCCUAUUUCGGUGAUAUUCAGGCGACUUCUUUGUUUGCACAUAAUAUGAUUUCUCAUCUGUGCGUCAGGUCCCCUCCUCAAUUCCCCUCCCCACCUUUUAUUUUCCUUUUUUUCUAUUUGUUAACCUUCCUUAUAGCAAUGCCCAGUAGGAAGGCUGAGCUAGGUAGCCCACUUGCUGUUACUUACUAUAGCCCACUAUAACAGACAGGCACACACAUAUAUACACACACACACAAGACAUACAUACAAACAGACAGGCACACAUACAUGCAGACACACACAUAAGACAUACAUACAAAGACACACACAUAAGACAUACAUACAAAGACACACACAUAAGACAUACAUACAAAGACACACAUACAAAGACACACACAUAAGACAUACAUACAAAGACACACACAUAAGACAUACAUACAAAGACACACAUAUAAGACAUACAUACAUAUACACACAUAUAUACAGACACACACACACAAGACAUACAUACAAAGACACAUACACACAAACAAACACACACAAAAUAUUUUAGUCACCCUCCUGUUUCCUACCUUUUAGGUGCAGGAGGGUGACAUUCCCUGGGGUCCAGUGGUGGCUCAGGUGGAUGGGAGUCAGAGUUCCCACUCUGACUCCCUCUGCUUCCUCCUGCACGGUCUGUGUGUUAGCUGGCAGUCACUUCCUCCUUGCUCUGUGAUCCGGUCGUGCUGUUAAAGCGCCCAGCGUUGACCGGGCUCCCUUACAAUCCACAUCCAUUGGGUGGCCCAGGCAGCAUGGGCCACCCGAUGGACCCCUUGGACGGCGGCCCCCGGCGGUUUGCCGUGCUGGCCUGGGCCACAAAUGGUGAUGGCGGUUCCCGGUCGCAGGGGUACCGCUGGCUCGCACCUGCACGCCCACCCAAUCUCUCAAAAUGAGGAAAUCCCUACCGCCCACCUGGAAUCCUGAAACGCCCACUAGUGGGCGAUAUGGACCAGGUUGACAACCCAUGGGUUAGUGGUUUUCUCUACUGAAAAAAUUGUGGUUGAAAACCCCACCUGAAGUCUGUGGAUAGUUAAUACAAUGUUAAACAAAAAUCACUGGCUUUGCAUCUUUUCCUAAGUUGGUCAUGCUUGUUAUCUAAGAAAUUACUUUACAUUACCAUUUUAUAUAGCAUAACAAUGCUAGUAUGUGAAUCACUGCUAAUUGAAGAUACCGUUAUUAAUUGAAUCCAGCUGGAUAGAGUUCACAAAAUGCAUUGCAGUCUGUCUUGAACGGCUGUUGCACUGUCCUCCGGUAUUCAGAAUGACAGCCUCCUUGUGCACACAGAUGGUUUAUACUAGUGCCCUUCAAUGUGUUUUUGUUUUUUUAUGUAAUACAGAGAAAGACAUUAUAACAUUUUGUAUAUAGAUGCAAAGUAUGAUUCUGUUUUUACAUGCACGUGAGUGCUAGUUUCAGUCUUGUGGCAUAUAAAUGCAAUCCGAACUGUCUGAUGCAGGAGCGCACAAACGAAAAAGGAAAUAAGAACUGAUAACAGAAAUAAAACAAGUUCUCAGUGCGGGCAUACUCUCAAACGGUGCAGACCAAUACAGGAAUCUGUGGAUGGAUUAAAAUAGAAUCACAUGCAGCAAACAUGAAUCCCAGGGCAAGAAUUAGACAGCCACAAUUAUUUCAUGCCUUUUGGUGGUUUGAACAGUGAUGCCAUCAUCUCAUUGGCUGCAAGAUUGCAUGGAUAGAUGAUUUGAUUUUGGAUAAUUAAAUAUUUAAGGAAAGUAGGCAGAUGGAAAGAGCACCAAAUCUAACCAGAUUAGUAUUUAGCAUCUGAAGGAAAGUAAUGACCUGGUUUCACCAAAAAGGUAUACAAAUUUAUAGAGCACACAAAAAUAUAUCUAAUUGUCAACAGCAAAUAUCUAAAGGUCUUGUAAAAUCUGUGAUGGUUUGCUCACUAAGUAAAGUAUGAUUGUUUAUCAUGCAACAGAAAAUAAUUUUAUUAAAGACACGGAGGCGAGUAUUAUGCAUAACUCCUUUCUUUAUUCCCUCAGCAGCAAAGAUAGAGGAAUAUAAAUAUUAUCAAAAUGAAAGAAAAAAACUGUAUAGGCACACAGGCAACCAAUCACAUUACAGAGGAAGUGUCUAUAAAAGGCCUGUGUCUCCCACAAUCCCCUCUUUCUUUGCUGCUCCCUCAGACCAGCUAAGUAUAUUUUUGCUCCUCAUGUGAUUUUAAUUUUUUCUUGAUAUUUCAGUAUCUUGCUGUGUGUUUUAUAAUUGUACACUGCAUUUGCAUUGUGUUUAUUACUUGUACAUUGCUGUUUAUUAUAUGUAUUCCUGUUGUGUUUGCACUUGGUGUGCCUAGUGGGGAUCCCCUUUGGGCCUGCGGUUCUCCCACCUGGGAGACUGUCUCCUUGCCUCACUGUGGCGUCUGCCCCCUUCUGUGGGUGAUCCGCGGGCGCUUCUUUCCCGCGGCUCGCUAUCGACCGCGGCCCAUCCUCGCUCUUGUGCGGGCGCUGUGUACGCACCCAUUCCCCAGCCUGCUCUCUGGCCGCAAGCAGGCUCUGCCCGGCUCCCAUGUGGGGCGGCCAUUUUCUGGGCGGAGCUUACUUGUGGCUGGUCUCUCUGCUCCCUGUGGCCUCGAUCUGAUCGAUGCUCGGUUUUGCAGACAGGUUUUACCUGCCAUGAUAGACAGGCCUGAGGCGGUCACAGAUAGCGCUCCUCCUACAUGCAAAAGAGCCCCUGGCCGGGCUAAAAAGGCUAGACUAUGGAAACAGGCUGGGGCCCACGAGGAAGGGUCGGAUACCUACCGGAGUGCGAAGCUGACUCAGACGUGCUAGAUUACGCCUCUUACGAGUCGGGUGAGGAUUUACCCCAUACGGGUGUUACCCCUUCUGGGACCUUUACUACUACACGAGGUCUUCUACCUGGCCCCACUGGGGAUGGUGCAGCACUGUUGGAUCCGCAGGGCAACCCCCUGUUCGACCCAGAUGUCCUGCGUCACCCCCGGUCAGCCGAGUGGGAACCCCCAGGCCAUAUCGCCCAAUAUGUUGCAAGACGCAUGCACACCCCCCUUUCUAAGGAAGGCUGCAAUAAAUUACGUGCUGAGUGCCCCAGGCCUUCCAUGCCGGGCUCAGCCUGCAAGACCCCUGAGAUUGACCCCCAGAUCGCUCAGUUUUUGAACAAGUCGGGCUGGAAGCCUAAAAAGGGCCUGGAUUAUUCCCUGAGGGGAUGCCAGGACAAAAUUUUGGAUACCCUGGGCCCUUUGUCGAAACUGUAUGAGCUGCUGGAUGCCACUAGAGCUGGCGACUCAGUCCUGGAUGUCGAUGUGGCCAUAGGAUGGGUCCAGUGGGCUAUUUGUUUUCUGGGGAAUGUCAGCAGGAAGACGUAAAGCGAUUUUUGCUGAAAAUCGACCCCAAAUUGGCUGCUGCCGUGGCGGAAUCGAGUUCAUCCAACGAUGGGAUGUUAUUUGGUGAUACCUUCAUAAAAGACCUGGGAUCCACUUCGGGCAGACGUCCUUAUGGUGAGUACCCAUUCUUCCCUUCUCGCUCAAGUACGGGUGGCGGGAAGGUUGGCCUUAUUCUGCCAGGGGUGGGCAGCUGUGACCUCGGAUGUUUGGGUGUUAGUCAGUACGGGGUUAUCACCUCGAGUUUUUAUCUCUGCCUGUCCAAUUGUCUGUCCCCAGAGAUCUGUCCCUUCCCUCGGAACAGGAGGAGCUGAUUUCCGCGGAAAUCAGGGAGAUGUUGUCAAAAGGCGCAAUAGAAGAGUUGCCACUUAAGCUUUAUGAGCAACCUCUUCCUGGUACCAAAGAAAGGGGGUGGUGUACAUCCGGUGAUAAAUCUCCGACCCCUCAACGCGUUCCUCCGGUACCAGCAUUUUCAGAUGGAGGGUAUACAUUGACUCAGAGACCUCCUCUGUGCAUCGGAUUGGAUGGCCAAGCUAGAUCUGAAGGACGCAUAUUUCACGUUCCCCAUCGCGAUGGAACACAGACUACCUCCAUUUCACCUGGCACGGGAGACGGUGGCGUUUUACAUGUCUACCGUUCGGUCUAUCAUCAGCUCCUUGGUGCUUCACCAAGAUCAUGAGACUGGUGGUGACAUUCCUCCGUACGCGUGGCGUACGCCUCAUUAUUUACCGGGACAACAUUCUCAUCAUGUCCCAGUCCAGAGACCAGCUGCAAGUACAUGUGGACUGGACGGUCAACCUGCUGCAGAACUUGGGGUUCAUGAUCAACUGGGACAAGUCAAUCUUGACCCCCGCUCAGUCAGAGUUCUUGGGGUUCAAAGUGGAUUCCAUCCAACAAUUCCUGUUCCUCCCAGAAUGCAAGAUGAAAGCCAUUCAAAAAGAGCUUCGGAGGGCCCUUCGGGUAUCGGACUUGUCAGUCAGACAAUUGGCGAGGAUUAUCGGUCUACUCGCGGCUUGCAUUCAGGCGAUCUUUCCAGGACCGUUGCACUACUGGGCCCUCCAACGACUGAAAGGUUCGCACCUCCGUUCAGGUUAUUCGUAUGACUCCAGGAUACAGCUGGACAACGAAUCCAGAGACAAACUGGUGUGGUGGUUGGCCCACAUGGAGGCUUGGAACGGGCGCGCAAUAUUUGGAUCCAUACCAGACGUGAUAGAGUCCGACGUCAGCUUACACGUUGGGGGAGCACGCUGUGGCAACGUUUCCACCGGUGGCAGAUGGUCCGAGCUAGAAGGGACCUUGCACAUCAACUGCGUGGAACUCUUAGCGGGUGCCUUCGCAAUUUGCAGCCUGUCUUUGCAUUUUUGUAGGGGUUCUUUUUUUUUUUUUCUUGGUGAGACGUCUAUGUCUGACUCCGACCCUGAUUUUGACCCUGCCAAGUGCUCAGAUACAUCCUCACUAGAUACAGUGUCUGCUGCCAGUUAUGUAUGUAGUUAUGAUGUAUCUGUGGCUGCUAGUCCCCCUGCCAGAAGGAGACAUGCUGCUCCAGCUGGCAGUACUGCUGAGGAGUGGGUAGUGCCUCAUUGCCAGAGGCAGAUAUCCCAUCCUUCACUGCAACUCCUGGCAUCAAUGUGGAUGUCGCAGGAUUUAGCCCUCAGCCGUUUAUGAAGGUGUUUCGCCCAUACGCAUUUGAUAUCCCACCCUUCACUGCAACUCCUGGCUUCAAUGUGGAUGUCGCAGGAUUUAGCCCUCAGCAGUUUAUGGAGGUGUUAAGCCCAAACGCAUUUAUAUGCCCAUCAGUUCUGUGCUGCAAAGCCUGAGUCUUUUUUGGCAAAACAGCAGUGGGCCCCCAUAGAUGUGCCAGAAUUAAAAAGAUUCUGGGCAUUGACUAUGCUGAUGGGCAUCAUAAAGAAGCCCUCGAUCUGCUCCUACUGGAGCAGUAGCCCCAUCUGCUCUACCCCUAUUUACUCCCAGUGUAUGUUGAGGUGGACCCACUUUGCUGCCAGGUUUGCAGAGGUUUAUACACCUGGAAGGAAUAUAUGCGUGGAUGAAUCCCUGAUGAAGUAUAAGGUAAGGCUGGGAUUCAAGCAGUAUAUUCCUUCCAAGCGCUCCAGAUUUGGUGUAAAGGUGUAUAAACUCUGUAAUAGCGAGACUGGGUAUACUCAGGUCUUCCGGGUGUAUGAGGGAAAGGAUACCCACCUUGACCCUCCAGGUUGCCCAGAACAUAUGGGAACCAGUGGCAAGAUUGUCUGGGACCUGAUAUUACCACUGAUGAACAAAGGGUACCACUUGUAUACAGACAUUUUUUAUACAAGUGUCCCUUCAAGCUACUGUUCAAGCUACUGUAUUGUUUUGAUACAGUAGCUUGCGGUACAAUAAAAAAAGAACUGCGCAGGUUUCCCAGGACAACUUGCACGCACCAAUCUAUGAAGGGGAGAGACCUCAGCUCUGCGCCAAGAGGAGCUGUUGGCAGUUAAGUACAGAGACAAGAAGGAUGUGUACCUUCUUACUACCAUCCACACUGAGAGGACUGUGUGUGUGGCAGAGCUGAGAGCACAAGGAAGCCAGUGUGCAUCAAAGCCUAUAACCGGCAUAUGGGUGGGGUUGAUCUGGCAGAUCAGCUGCUGCAGCCCUACCUAAUUAUAAUUAUACAGAAGACAAGGGCCUGGUACAAAAAGGUUGCAAUCUACUUAAUGCAGAUUGCAACCCACAACGCUUUUUUGUUGUUCAGAAAAGCAAACCCUGGAAUGCAACAGAGGUUUUUUUUACAGUUUCAGCUCCAGAUCAUUUUGAGGAUUUUGUACCGUGAUGCACCUGCUCAACGGGCGGUGAUGGGAGAGACAGAGUAGGGGCUACACAAUUUAUUUUUAAAAUCCCCCCCUUACUGCGGCAAAGCAGAAUCCCCAAAAAAGAUGCGGAGUCUGUUUUAAGAGGGGGCAGAUAAAAGAUACCGUAUAUUACUGUCCUGAUUGCCCUGAGCAGCCUGGACUCUGCAUUGGGGAUUGCUUCAAAAGAUACCACACACUGGUCCAUUUUUAGUAAAAAUAAAUAAAUUUUUUCUUUAACAUUGGUCUUCAGUGUUUUUGUAUUUUGGUUACGUUUACCCUGUGUAUGGGGGGCAUGGGUGUACUCAGGAGGCCUUGCAGAAAACAACUUGGAGUGUUUUCUUGCAAUAACCAAAACAGGCUCUGAAGAUAUGAAAGAAGAUAUGUCAAAUUUGAAAAACACAUGUCAGAAGUUUGGCAUUUCACUCCCCAAACAACCCAACCCAACAAACCUAUGCAUAUGUGGAAUCACUGUACUCAGGAGAUGUUGCUGAACAAAUAUUGGGUGUUCUUUGGCAGUAACACCUAACAGGACCUAAGAGCAUUCAUGCCUAAAGUAGAAUGUGUGUAAAAAAUAACACAAAAAUAACGACUACCCAAAAGUUUGACAAAGACUGGUGGUAGAAUUAAUGCUUGGAAAGUGUUAAAAUACCACAAUUUGAAAUAGCCUAGGGCAGGCAUAGGCAACCGUUGGCACUUCAGAUGCUUUGGACUACACCUCCCAUGAUGCUUUGCCAGCACUAUGGGUGUCCGAGCAUUAUGGGGGAUGUUGUCCAAAACAUCUGGAGUGCCGAAGGUUGCCUAUCCAGGGUGUCUACUUUUAAAAAAACAUAUGGUUUGAUGGGGGGUAAAUUACAUUGGCCGGCUUGUCCCUAAUAGGAUGUGUGUGCAUGAUGACCAGCUGUGAAAAUUCCAAUUUGGAAAACAGGAAUGCGUAACCUCCAAAUAAGGUUUUUAGCCCACAGAGAACCUGACACACCUGUACAUGGGUGGUAUCACUGUACUCAGGAAAUGUUGCUGAAUACACAUUGGAGUGCUCUUUGGCAGUAACCCUUAAAGUUAUCAGUACACGUGUUCUUAAAUUGCUAUGUGUGUCAAAAAAAUCACCUAUUUUUUUUUUUCUAAAUUUGGCAUAGAUUGGUGGUAAAAUGGUUGCAUGAAAAGAGUCAAAAUACCCAACGUUCAAUACCUUAGGUUGUCUUCUUUAAAAAAAAUAAUAUAUAUACAAGUGAAGGGGUAUUCCUGACAGAUAUCAGUGUUACAAUUUUUGGAAAAAAUAUUGUUUGGAAAUAGCAAAGUGCUACUUGUACUUAUAGCUCUAUAACUUUCCAAAAAAAACUAAGAACAUGUUAACAUUGGGUAUUUAUAAACUUAGGACAAAAUUUAGAAACUAUUUAUCACAGGUGGUUUUUGGUGUUGUAGAUGUGUAACAGAUUUUGGGGGUCAGAGUUAGAAAAAGUGUUUUGUUUUUUUCCAUAUUUUAUUAAAAACAUUUAUAGUAAAUUAUAUGAUAUGAUGAAAAUAAUGGUAUCUUUAGAAAGAUCAUUUAAUGGCGAGAAAAAAAGUAUAUAAUAUGUGUGGGUACUGUAAAUGAGUAAGAGGAAAAUUACAGCUAAACACAAACAUUGCAGAAAUGUAAAAAUAGCCCUGGUCCUUAACGGUAAGACAAUUGAAAAAUGGUCUGGUCACUAAGGAGUUAAAUGGACACUCCACUGCUCAAAUGGGGGGAAAAGUAAUUCACUGUUAAGAAUAUAUUCACGAGGAAAUAAUCAGAGGCUUUUCAUUGAAUUGGAGCUCUUCUACAGGCCCCGCACCGUUGCGUGUGCUUGUGCAUGUGUGCACAUCUUGUCUGAGGUCUGGAGGAGCUGGGCGAACUGGUCUGAUGGCUGUGGGGGAGGAGGCAACUGCGCUCAAGUAAAGCAUGCCUGUCACUUCCAUUAGCUUAGGGAGGCUCAAAGGUGCUCCAUAGCUUAUUUAUAAAAGUGCAGAUUUCACAUAGAAAGAUGCAUGUUUAUAAACUGGGGUUAAACUAGGAUACUAAUCAUCCAUGAAGCACUUUAGCAAGCAUCAUGAUGAUAUCCUCUCGGUGAAGUCAUUAUGGUGUCUGAAGAAUUCCCUGGAUACCAUCUUACUUUAUGGUGUUAAACCAUUUUUGAACAGUUUAAAACCAAAGUCCUCUUGAUUGUGACCAUCCUCUUACUUUUCUUGCACCAAUGCUAAAGUCUUUGCCUGGUUAUCUAGUGAUAGGCUGAGUGCAUUAGCUAACACUUUUAGCCUAUGACUGGCUGUCCAUUGCGUCCCUUUUUUUUUUUUUUUAAUACUUUGUGUGAUCGUCUUGUCAUAUGCACAGUAUACAAUGUACAUUACAUGUGGUGUACAUUUCUAUAAGGUUAUCUGUGUUACAUUCCAUUUUCCUCUUAGCAAUCUUUUACAUUUCAGCUGAUCAGGUUGUAAAGACACAUCUCAUUUUUGGUAUUAAUCAAUAACAUAAAACCCAAAACAGGUUAACCGUGUGUUACGAUGUCGCUUACAUUGUUGUAGGUAGCUAUUUGUUUCCCCACUGGGACUGUGCUACCCAUCCUGUAUAUUAGGACCCUGGAUUGUCUUUGGGCCUUAGCGUAUGCGUUUUUUACGGGCUUUAUCUCCUAGUCCCCUCCAGGGGAAGGAAGGAUAGAACCGAAGCAUAGAAAAGAACUAGAAAGAAAGAGAUAUAGAGAAGUCAUCAGGUCGGUAGGGUGUGGCGUCUCUCGGUAUACUGCUGUGCGUUCCUAGUCUGUAUAGUUCCCUUACUGGGUUCCACCCCAGAGAAGUGGGGUGGAGGGAAAUGGAAGCUAUUCGGUUUCCACCUUGUCUGUUCUGCUGAAUGCUUUUGUCUAUCUGGCUACCUCAGUCUGCCAGGUUGCUGUUAAUCCAUGGUUCCCCUUACCCGAGUUGUCAGGCUAUUCAUGAAGUAGACCUUUUAUGUUAGUGAGUACUGAAGGCAUAUCUACCUUUAGCCACCAUUGGGCUAAUGCUCUCCUAGCUGCUAACAUUACCUUGUGGAUCAGUUUUUACUCCCUUUUCUUCCAGUCCUCUAGGGGGGUAUUCAACAGGUAUGUCCACGGGUUUAAGUCCGGUGUUCUAUUGAAGAUCCGAGAUAGUAUAUCACGUAUCUCCUUCCAGAAAGUUUGCACCCCGGGGCAUUUCCACCACGUAUGGAGGUACGUGCCUCUGAGGCCGCAUCCUCUGCAGCAUUCGUCAGUUGGUGUCUUUUUCAUUUGACACAGUUUAACUGGGGUGGUAUACCACCAGAACAUCAUUUUAUAUGACUGUUCUUUGAGAGACACACAUAUGGACAAAAAGAUAUUCGCUUCCUAUAUUUCCCGCCACUCUAUGCCUUCCAGCUCCUCCCCCAGGUCUUUUUCCCAGUUUUUUUGUGUAGGUUAAUGUGCCCCAUUCUUCUGUUUCUGAACAAAUGUAUUUCUUAAAGAAAGACAUUGGCCCUGUAGCUGCUUUUUGUAUAUGUGGGUGUUUCACAUAAUCUUUGAGUUGUAUGUAUCUAAAAAAGUCAGACGGAGUGAGGUUGGCUAUCUGUUUCAGGUUGUCGAAUGUGACUAUUGUGUUGUUCUCAAACAUAUGUCAAAUCCUCUGCAAUCCCACCCUUUCUAAGUUUGUAAAGUCCCUAGCCGCUAGUCCAGGCGGGAAAGCUCUGUGUCUCAGCAGUGGGGUUAGUGGCGAUGGGGAUGACGCUAGUUUGUAUUUGUGAGCUGAGGUGUCCCAUAUUCGAAGGGAGUUUAGGAUCGCUGGGCAGGUUGCUCGUAGGAUUGGCCUAUUUUCCCUGGGUACCCACAUGUGGUAUUGGGGUAGGUCUGCUCCUGUCAAGAGACUCUAGAUCCACCCAUCUCCUCAUUGCGUUCCUUUCUAAAGCAUUUCUCUCAGUGGCCGGCCAGUUUAUAGUUUGAGAGCAUUAUUAGCUGAUGCUAUCAGCCUAUCAUUGGAACAGUGGGAAAGGUUUUAACAUUGGAGCACGAAGAGGAGGUGGAUGGUUGCCACCAGAUUUUGUGUCUGUUAAAUGAUUAACCCCGUAAGGUAAGUUGGUAUUCAGGUCCUCUAGACUAGUGUUCCCCAACCCAGUCCUCAUGGACCACAAACAGUCCAGGAUUUUAUCAGUACCUCCACUGGAAUAAAACAGGGAAAUGCAUAAAUCCUGGACUGUUGGUGGUCCAUAGCGAUUGGGUUGGGGAACACUGCUCUAGAAACCGUUCAGAUUAAGUUGUUAUGGUGCCUGAAGUGUCUCUUUAAGUCCAAGAAUGCGCAGACUCUAGUCCUAUCAGACCAGUUAAACAACAUCUUGAGAUCAGAAUGUUCUACUUUCUUCUUUCCCCGUGGAAAUAUUCCUUUUGACGAUAUCCCUGACUUUAUUAAGCAUGAUAUUGUUGAAAUGUUGACCUAUAAGGAAUUAUUUCUGUGGAAUAUGGAAUAUAUCUAUAUACUGCUCUAACCUGUGACACUGAAAAUGAAAAAAGUUUUCAAUAUGACAGAUUUUGAGUCAUAUCUGUCUCUGCCUGACCUCAAUGUAAUUUUGGUAUUUUUGCGAUCUAGUAAUAAUUAUAUUAAGUUUUUUUUUUUUUAAUAGUAAUAAUACAAUCUUAACUGUCAAAGAAAUAACUAUGUAAAUAUCACAGAAACGUCUUUGUAAAUAUAACCCUGUUGUUUAUAUGUUCAGGAAUACGAGCAUCAGUGCAGUGCUGAAGCCACGUUUGUGAAAGAAUUAGAUCAAUGUGAAAUGAUCCUACAGGCUCUGGAGUAUGAGGAACUGGAGAAAAGACCAGGAAGAUUGCAGGACUUUUAUAACUCAACAGCAGGUCAGUAAUGGUUUCCAUUCACAGUACAUAGGAGAGGGAUUUGUCUUGUGAAUUGUCAUAUUAUGCACUGAUAUUUGACCAUACAUAUAGUAAUAAAAGUUCCCCAUGGUGCCGUGACAUUAAUUGCUCUAAAUGAGACAAGUUACCAAAUUCCUAAAUGUCAAGUUAUUUUUGUUGUAAAAGAUAACAUCUUAUUCCAGGUCAGGAAGUGGAGAUUGAAAAUCAUUUGUGGUAUUAAUAACUAAUAACAAGGAAUAAUGAAGUAUUGCCAACUGCUAAAAGUUUAGACAAGAUAUGCAAAUUCAUGUAUAAAUGGUUUAUUUUCAUGUCAUGAUAUAACAUGAAACCUAAACAAUGCAAUAUCUGCUUGUAUGUAUUUUGGGUGAGUAAAUGUAUAGGCAUCUAGCAUAGAUUCAUAUCUGAUGGUUCUUUAUAGUAGAUCCUCAAAAUGUUUGGAUGCCCUGUCCAACUUUAGGUCACUUUGCUUCAUUUGCAUUUUGCUAUAUUAGUAUUUGUUAUAGCAGGAAGAGAGAAAAUAUUUCAAAAAUCAUAGUAGACAUUCCUUUACAUGUUAAUUCUCUCAGUUGAUAACAAACGGAUGCAAGCAAAUCAUUUUAUAAUUCUAUUUUGAUUUGCACAUUUUUUAGCAUGUCAUAACAGCAAAUAUGAAAUCAAAUCAGUGCUAUUUACAAUAUGCUUUUUGAAUAGGUUAUGGUGCAAGGAAGUGCCCUCUCUCUGCUACAUGGCAUGCACAUGUUAUAAAAAUCCCCAUCUAUACCAACAGGCUCCCUUACUGCUUACCUUAAUAUAUUUGAGUCACAAAUACAUGCUCACAAUACUGUAAAUGGAAUUGAUGGAAGUGCUAAAUUACAAAAUCAGCUCUAUUGAAAUUAUGAGGCUAACAUAAUUAUCUUGGCUUUUGUUUUGGUUACACUUCCACUGCAGAAUCUUGAAAUUUUGUAUGUUUUGUUGUUUAGUUUUUUAAAGUGCCUUGAUAUUAUUAUUAUUAUUAUUAUUAUGAUAUUUAUAGAGCGCCGUCAAAUUCCGCAGCGCUUUACAAUGGGUGGACGAACAGACAUGUAGUUGUAACCAGACAAGUUGGACACACAGGAACAGAGUGGUUGAGGGCCCUGCUCAAUGAGCUUACAUGCAGAGGGAGUGGGGUAAAAUGACACAAAAAGGUAAGGGUAGUAUUAGACUAGUGACAGUUGCAGAAGAGGAAUAAGUCAAGAGGUAUUAACAGUUUAAUUGAAACGCUUUUAAGAAGUGGGUUUUUAACGAUUUUUUGAAGGAGUGGAGACUGGGUGAGCAUCUAACGGAGGUGAGAAACGAGUUCCACAGGAACAGUGCAGCCCUCGAGAAAUCUUGAAGGUGAGCAUCAGUGGUGGGAGUACGGACAGAAGAUAGACGUAAGUCUUCAGCAGAUCGUAAGGGCCUAGAC